AUGUUCACAGCGAUCUCAGAGCUUACUAAGAAGCAUGCGAAGUGCCUGAGGGAAAUAUCCUCCUUACGACCCAGCCGUCGCGGUAUGAGACGCUCCGGGCGUAGGGGUCCGCGCGACGAUUAUAAUUUUGGACAUAAGCGCGGUUCCGGUUCGGAGCAGGAGAAAAAACGGAGUCGGUUUACGAAAGCAGAGCGCGAAUUACAGGCAGCGCGGCCGUUUGGCUACGCUCCCCGCAAGUUCUACGAGAGCUCACAUCUUGUGCUGGGGCCUGUGGACGUCCCAUCUGGUGAUCACAAGACAAAGAAGACUGAGAAGAAGCCACCACCAACAGAACCCGGCAGCCCUCAGACUGCAACCACAGAGAAAGAUAAAAAGCUGAAGAGGAUUUACAUCGCAAUGACUUCUGACAGAGGUCUUUGCGGUGGCGUACACACUGGCGUCGCUCGACGCAUCAAACGAGACUUCACGAAUCGCGCGGCCGACGGUGAGUCCCACAAGCUGGUUUGCGUGGGGGACAAGUCCCGCUCCAUUCUGCGCCGAAUCUACUCGCAGAGCAUGCUCGUCAGCAUCAAAGAUGUGGGUCGGUUGUCGCCCGGGUUCGCGGACGCGUCCGUGAUCGCAACCGUGAUAACGCAGGCUGGCUACUCUUACGACAUGGGCGAGAUUUACUACAACAAGUACUAUUCACCAGUCAAGUACGAGCUCGAUGUAGUGCCAGUGUUCGCCAAGGAGAAGAUUGAGACGGCGCCGAACAUGAUGGCGUUCGAUGGCGUGGAUGCGGAAGCGAUAGAGAGCUACGCGGAAUGGACGCUGGUUGCGCUGCUGUACUACGCGCUGAAGGAGGGCGCCGCCUCGGAACAGUCCUCGCGCAUGUCCGCCAUGGACAACGCCACCAAGAACGCGGAUGAAAUGAUCAGAAAGUUGACGCUGCUGUUCAAUAGGACCCGGCAGGCCGUCAUCACCCGGGAGCUUAUUGAAAUCAUAUCUGGUGCUGCCGCGCUUAAGUGA